UACUGCUUCCUGCUCCUGGUUGAUCUUUUACGAUACCUCAACAGGCAUACUCAUCCAGAAUCGAACCUUGGUAGUUUGGAUCUGCAGGAAAGUCUGAAGUCUUAUUGGAAAGAGAUCGGACACUGGGCCGAAGUUAGCUGGGACGAUGAUGUUCCAGAUGUAAUCAAUGACAAAUGGCAAUACUGGCUGCAAAUUUUACCACAGGUCCAGUCUGUUAGCAUUCCACGCUGCUACCGUAUUACGAUUGGAUUAGAAGAAGAUACAAGCGUACAACUACACACCUUCGUUGACGCCAGUGAAUACGGGUAUGCAGCUGUUAUAUACCUUCGUUUUGAGAAGAAGGGUGCCGUUGAAUGCUCAAUCGUCACAGCAAAGGCAAGAGUAGCCCCGCUUAGAUUCAUCUCGAUUCCAAGGUUGGAACUCCAAGCAGCGGUUAUUGGUGCUAGAUUAGCGGAGACAGUAUCAAAUUCCCUCUCACACAAAAUUGACGAACGCAUUUACUGGACGGAUUCGCGGGAUGUUCUGUGCUGGAUUCGUUCGGAUCAUAGACGCUACUCGCAGUUUGUGGCAUUCCGUGUGAGCGAACUACUCGAAACUACUGUAAUUAAAAACUGGAGAUGGGUUGGAACCAAAGAUAACGUUGCGGAUGAUGCAACAAAGUGGCAGCGUAAGCCUGAUUUGGGCAGCAACAGCAGAUGGUUCAAGGGACCUGCCUUCCUAUGGAUGGACUCAGAAAAAUGGCCAAAAGAGUUUAUACACAACGCUGAUAGUACAAAGGAGGAGUUACGCGCACAUCUGUUCUACCACGCAGCUUUGCUUAAUCCAAUCAUCGACGUGAACAAUUACGGUACUUGGAAGAAACUUCUUCGCAUAACAGCUUGGAUAUUCAGAUAUCUCAACAAUCUUCAUAGAACCAUAAACCGUGAACCACACGUGUACGGUUUGUUAUCAGCAAACGAAUUACAACGAGCAUCCGUUUACCUCUAUCGUCAAGCGCAAUUUGCGUCCUACCCUAACGAGAUUCAGAUACUUGAUAGCUCUCGAACUGGGAAAUUACCCAAAUCUAGCCCUAUUUUUAACCUCUCUCCCUUUCUGGAUGUACAAGGAGUUCUACGGAUGCAGGGAAGGACAGGAAACUGUGAAUAUGCUACGAUGGAUUCUAAAAACCCGAUAAUUCUCCCAAAGGAUCAUUGUAUUACAAGACUCAUUGUACAACACUAUCAUGUCAGAUACCACCACUGCAAUCACGAAACGGUGGUGAAUGAACUGAGACAAGUGUACUGGAUUCCAAAAAUAAGAGUGGUUUAUAAAAGUGUUAGAACGAACUGUCAACGAUGCAAGAAUCAGCGGGCCAUACCAGCCCCUCCAAUGAUGGGUGAUCUACCAGCUGCAAGACUUGCGGCAUUCACCAGACCGUUUUCAUUCAUUGGAGUCGAUUAUUUCGGUCCAAUGCAUGUUUCAGUUGGACGAAGGCUCGAGAAAAGAUGGGGUGUGCUCAUAACCUGCUUAACUAUACGGGCGAUUCAUGUCGAAAUUGCGCACUCUUUGACCGCUGACUCGUGUAUCAUGGCUUUGAGAAAUUUUAUGGCGCGGAGAGGUGUGCCAAUACGAAUUUUCAGCGAUCGAGGCACAAACUUUAUAGCAACAAACAAAGAACUUGAAGCGGCGUUAAAAGAGAUGAACCAAGACCAAGUUGUGAGAGAGAUUGUGAGCCCUAAUACUGAAUGGAAAUUCCUUCCUCCUGUUUCCCCUCAUAUGGGUGGGAGUUGGGAGCGGCUUGUACGUUCCGUGAAAGUUAACUUGCAGAGAAUGAGACCUCAGCGUAAUCCGACGGACGAAUCACUACGUAACACUUUGGCGGAAAUCGAAAAUACGGUCAACUCGCGUCCUUUGACAUUCGUGUCUACCGAAGACCCUGAUGCUCCAGUUCUCACACCAAACCAUUUUCUGCUGGGGUCAUCUAGUGGAUUGAAACCUGCAACUCAACUGGACGAUAGUACUGGAACGCUUAGAAAGGCAUGGCGGGCAUCACAAGCAGAAGCAAACCUUUUCUGGCGUAGAUGGGUACGUUACUUUUUGCCGGAGCUUACUAAGCGUACAAAAUGGUUUGGUAAAGUGAAGCCGAUUGAAAUGAAUGACAUUGUGGUGGUAGUGGACCCUGGAUUACCAAGAAACUGUUGGCCACUGGGACGUAUCAUAUCAGUUAAAAAAAGUAGAGACGAUCAGGUGAGAUCAGCUACAGUGCAGACCCAAACUGGAAUCUACGAGCGGCCUGCUACUAAAUUAGCCGUGCUUGAUGUUCGACGCGACGAAUCA